AUGUUAUAUCAAUCGACACUUAUUCGUCAUUUAUCAACUACUUGUCCGUUUACUAUGACUCGUUAUCUCAUAGUUAUAGCAGAUUUUCUAGUGGCGAAUACAAUUGAUCAAUUACUUGAACAUCAUAAUCAAACUGAAUUACUUUCUAGAUUUCGAUCAUGUCUCGAUUCUAUUAAACAUAGUGCAAGUUCUUAUAUUCUUGCUAAAGUUGCUCUAGCUUAA